AUGGCUGCCCUGACAAGCUGUGAUCGCUAUCUGCCGCGUCCAAAGAUAGCAGCUCAGUCUUUGCUUAGACAUGGUCUCGCCUAUGAGCACCAAUGGAAAGAAGACCGCGGAAAAAGACGCAGAAAACUUCGCAUAGAGAGGAGUUCGACUUCUUCACACGCGCUCCACGGGAUUCUCUCCAGAGGAACCUGCAGCGGAGAGGCCGCGCUGGAGGACCCUGCAGACGCAGGUGACCUUCAGUUUUCGUCUGGGAGUCUUCAAGAUGGAGAGCAUCGCAGGAACACGCUUAUUUUAUCCACGGAAACACAAUCCAAGCCGGGAUCUAAGAAACGCUCCAGAGCGGCCUUUUCCCAAACGCAGGUGUAUGAGUUAGAGCGCCGCUUUAACACGCAGCGGUACCUCUCCGGACCCGAACGGGCCGACUUAGCAGAGGCCCUAAAGCUCACAGAGACGCAGGUGAAGAUCUGGUUUCAGAACCGAAGAUAUAAAACCAAACGGCGGGAGACCGUGACCGAGUUUGGCGCGUGUUCACCCCGGAGAGUAGCGGUCAGAGUGCUGGUGAGGGACGGCCAAGAGGCACAUAUGAUGACCGUGCCAAUGUACAAUGCGCACCUACACUCUCAAUUCUACCAGUGUCACCAGUGUGCGCACUACUGCCGCCAAACCUUGAGUCCUGAAUGGGUGCAGUACAUGCUAAACUCUGAAGUAAACCACCUCCGACGGGAGGAUUCUUGGUUUUAGUGCUUUUCUUGAUUGUUCACCGGGAAUAUUGUGUUCUGAUUGACCUAUGUUUGUUAUUUCGGUCUGACCAGCAUUUAAAUAUAAAUCUAGCUUGCAGCAGGGGGAAAAAAAAAAAUCAAACAAAACGAGCUGUGUGGUUCAAAUAGUAAAUGUCACAUUAAUAACAUAUUCUCAUUCAGCCUUCAAGGUUUGAAUAGGAGGAGUUUUAUUGUUCACUAAUGGGUGGCGUUGUAAUUUAACAAAGCUGUGAAAGGGUUGCAACUUGUAGCCCUACUUCAAAGUUUCAUAAGAUAUAAUUGUAAUUAUCAAAUAUGCAGUGAAAACCGAUGAUCCAAACCUAAUGUCUAAAAUUAAUUUAAAUAUGAGAAGACUAUGGUAGAGAAUACCAUAAUUAAAUUCUACCAAGGUAGUAUAUUUAAGUACAUUAACAAAAUAUGUAUGCUGUAUGUUUAGUCUUUACUUCACAGUCUAUUAGUUAUUUUAUACUUAUAAAACAAUUUCAGUGAAGUUUCCUCUAUGAACUGCACAAAAGCUAUUAAAGAUGUUUGUUUUUUCUUCAAAAGAAUGAAGAAUUAUUUCAGUAAUCCAAAUUAUCUGGAUCAUCAUCAGUUAUCUGUUAUAUUAUUUAUACUGAAAUAAAAUGUAAUUAGUAUUAAUUUUAAGAAUGUAAAUAACAUUCUUUGAGUUACAUGAAUCAAAUACAGUCAAAAUCAAAUCCUUGAAAUUGUGCAUCUUGUACAGUCACAAUCACAUAAGCACACAGUGUAUUCAGUCUGUCCACCCAUGAAUCUCCCUAUAAAACUUAACAAAGCAUCUAAUCAUUGUACAAGUGUUCUUUAGAGUGAGAGGAGAAAUGAUUUCCUGUUGUCUUUGAGCAGAGGAAUGUUGAGGGUGAGGCCUGUAAAGUAAAAUAACUGUACGUACCUGAUCUGUGCUUGGCUGCACUUUUAAAACCAACAUCUAUUGACUACAUUCUAAGGUCUGCUGAGGA